AUGGCCGAAGUUCCUCAAACCGCAAACCCCAACAAGAGAAGUCGUUCCGAAGAUGACGACUCCUCAGACGAUGACAUGGGGCCGCAGCUCCCAGCGGCAGACGCACCGAAGAAGAAGAAACGCAAGCUGCCGUACGAGAAGCUGUAUGUCUCGGCUCUGCCGACCUCUGCGAAAUACUCCAAGUCGCUUAUGCAUCGCGAACAGCUCGCUUUCAUCACCAUGACCCCGAUCACCGAUUUCCUCAUCACCAGCUCUACGGAUGGGAUUGUGAAAUUCUGGAAGAAGGGCGCGGAUAGCAUUGAGUUUGUGAAAGAGUUCAGAGCGCAUAAUGGGGAUAUUGUUAGCGUUUCUGUUAGUGCGGAUGGUAGAAGCUUUGCCACGGCUGGUGUGGAUAAAAGUGUCAAGAUCUUUGAUGUGAUGACUUUUGAUCUGCUGGCUAUGCUACCCUUGGAGUUUACGCCGAAAUGUGUAUGCUGGGUACAUAAGCGGGGGGCUUCUUUGCCGAUGCUUGCGGUCUCGGAUGAGGUGAAUCAUACGAUCCAGAUUUACGAUGGGAGAGGAGAGAACCGGGAGCCUAUUCACACCGUUUCGGGAUUACAUCGAAGCGUGGUUACAUUGAUGGUUUUCAAUGAUGCCUAUGACUGUGUGAUUUCCGCGGACGAGAACGGGAUGAUCGAAUACUGGAGACCUGGUGGGAAUUACGAAAAGCCCGAUAAUGUGUUUGAAUUCAAAAGCUCGACGAAUUUGUUCGAGUUCAAAAAGGCAAAGUCAACGCCAACUUCACUUACCGUCUCUCCAUCAGGUGCGCAAUUUGCAACUGUCUCGUUUCCAGAUCGCAAGAUACGAAUUUUCGAUUUCUCAACGGGGAAGCUUUACCGCACCUAUGACGAAUCGCUUCAGAUCAUCGAAGAAAUGCAACAAGCUGGAACAGCACUGCAAAAAUUAGAAGAUGUUGAAUUCGGAAGGCGGCUGGCGACUGAGCGAGAGAUAGAUACUCCAGCCCUUCGAAACAAGGCUAAUGUCAUGUUUGAUGAGACGGGCCACUUUAUUCUUUACGGAUCAAUGUUUGGUACGAAGGUACUCAACACAUAUACAAACCGAGUUAUCAAAGUAUAUGGAAAAGACGAAAAUUUCAGACCACUAAGCAUCGCAAUGUAUCAAGGACAACCACAAAAAAAGGGGAUCACAACGGUGGCCAUGGCAGCGUCGGACAAUCCACUUCUCCAAGAAUCCGAAGCUCGAGAUCCAAUCCUGUUUACCACAGGCGUAGGAAAGGUCAGAUUUUACAUGUUCACCAACGACGAAAAUAUUUCAAAGUCCGAGCGAGAUGUUCAUAACGAAAAGCCGAUUAACGCCAACGCGAGAAAAGCGGUAGAGAAGAAGGCUACCGAAUCAGGAACCGCUGCAAUUAUACACACCACUUAUGGAGAUAUCCACAUCCGACUUUUCCCAGAUGCUGCUCCAAAAGCCGUGGAGAAUUUUGUUACGCAUUCGAAGAAAGGUUAUUACAACAACACCAUCUUUCAUCGUGUAAUUCGAAAAUUUAUGAUUCAAUGUGGUGAUCCUCUGGGCGACGGCACUGGUGGAGAAAGUAUUUGGGGAAGGGAGUUUGAAGACGAGUUCAGUACGCUUAAACACGACAAGCCUUAUACAGUAUCCAUGGCAAAUGCUGGUCCGAAUACUAAUGGUAGUCAAUUUUUUAUUACUACCGAGAAGACACCUUGGCUUGACAAUAAGCAUACCAUAUUUGGGCGCUGUAUUCAAGGUCUUGAUGUCGUCCAUCGGAUUGAGAAUGCUCGGGUAUAUAAGGAGAAGCCAGAGGAAGAUAUCAAGAUACUUAAUAUUGAUAUUGUGCCCUGCAAAACCCGAAAGGUCAAAUGUGACGAGCGACGACCUCAAUGCGAGAAUUGCGUGAAACAAGGCGAAACAUGCGAUUAUAGCAUCCGAUUGAAUUGGGAUGGGCGGGGAAAGAAUAAGGCAACAGGGAGCAGGAGUGGAUUCGGACAUAUUGCGUUUGCGACUGGGAUAGCCGACGAUGCGCCAGCCCAGGCUCCUGAAAUGGGCUUGGAGCGAUGCUCGGAAACUCUACAGGACGCAUCAGCACAUGGCGGAGGAUUUCAACCUGCUCAUACCGCUGGUAUGAUUGACCCAGCGUUGGCACAACCCUCGUCGUUCCUCUCUGCGACCCCAGAGGAUACAGAGACUGGAGCUAGGAAAUAUAUGCAGAGCUUCCAAGCAAGCGACGCCAAUGUCCGGGACUUUAAUCCUAUCCGUUUUUCGGGUUCCGAAGUGAGACAGGCUGAACGCUCUCUACCGCCUCGAAGUACACCUCGAUAUGAUAUCGUACAGGAUACAAUUGUACAACGCAAUUAUGAUACCAGAAUGCUGCCACCCUUGCCAGCGACAUUUCCUCCACAGAACUGUGAAUUGGGCAACUCACCCUUCAGCAAUUCUGACUCAAACUCGCCUAACACAGCUAUCACAACCGCUUCGCUUCAAAGUGACGACAGCUAUAGGUAUUCUACCACCAAAUCGCCACCCUUGAUUUCGUCCGGAUCUACUGGGUCCAGGGGCCUUUCUGUGAGUUCACUUCUAUCAGGCCCACCAGGGAUGUCAGAAACGAACGAACGGAACAUGGAUACACAAAGUUGGGAAGAACAAGAUCAAGAUUUCUAUCAAGAUACAAACACUUGGGGCAUCGACCGGGGUUUCAAAGAUCUUGAUCUUGGCAAGAAUGAUGAUACAAAUGCCAUAUCAGGUUCGUCCCCAAUCUCCAAGCGAGAUCACCUAGACCUCGUUAUCAAUGAAAGUGGCAGAGUAACUCCAAUCGAAUUCGGGUUUGGCAUGGAAGUAGACCACACAGCUUUUGACCGAGGUGGCUACUAUGCGACGCCAGUCGCAAUUUCCAUUCCUCGGGCGUUUGAGCCUCUUCCAAACAAGCUUUUGGAAAAUCCAAUGAAUUUGUUGUAUUUCCAUCAUUUUAUCAAUCAUACUGCUGGUUGCUUGAUCCCGCAUAACUGUUCAUCAAAUCCGUUCAAGCGGAUAUUGCCACGCAUGGCUGUACAAGACGACAAUCUGUUGAGCCUUCUUUUGGCGUAUUCGGCUUCUCAUCGCGCACGACUCUUGCGGCAACCAGAACCAGCGACUCGCAUUGCCUUGUGGGUUCAAGACAUAUUUCCGAGCCUUAGAAAAGCAUUGGAUGAUCCGACUGAGAUUAUCUCUAAUGCCAAUCUUGCGACAGCCAUUAUGCUUGCUUCAUUGGAAAUCAUCUCUCCGAAAGCAUUUGGUGUUGCUGUUCCUUGGCAAAAGCACCUGGACACUGCUCGUCAGAUAAUCACAGCUAGAGGUGGCCCUCAAGGCAUGAGAACCGCUUCACGCAAGGACAAGGUAUCAUCCUUUCUCUGGAGCUGGUUCGCCUACCUGGAUGUUCUGGGAAGUCUUAGUCGGCCUCCUACCUCGUCGUCUUCCUGGGUCCUUGAGUAUGAAACUGAUUCUGAUCGAGAGGAAGACUAUCACAUCGAUUGCGUUCUGGGCUUCACGAGUCGAUGCGUGCGCAUCCUUGCCAAGAUCGCGGAGCUUGCUAGAGUAUGUGAUAGCGAGCGAAUAUCGGGGAUCAAUGUUCUCGUCGAUUGGAAGCCUUCGACCGAGAUCUUGAAACUAGCUGCAAAACUUGACACUGAUCUUGCGGCAUCACGUCUACAUCCUUCGAAGCCGUGUACCCAUAUGCAGUCUUCCGGAGAGGCUGCCUAUCACUGGGACAGCCUUGAAAUGUCAGCUACGAAUGAAGCAUAUCACUGGGCAGGUGCCGUACAUCUUCAUCGACGAAUUCUAGGCAAGCCAUCGACCCAUGUUGAUGUUCAGAACGCUGUGCGAGAAAUCCACGGCGCAUUGUUCAAAGUUCGCCGAGGCAGUGCUGCGGAGGCCUGUCUGCUCUUUCCCAUGUUCACAGCCGGUUGUGACACUAUCGAUGAGAGGCAGAGAAAUGACAUCUUAGAUCGGGUAAAGGGUGUAGAGGUGCUUGGAUUGAGUCAGGUUCACAAAGCACGAACGCUCAUGGAGAGAGCGUGGGAAACAGGGAAGCCCUGGGAAACUUUGGUUACAGGAGAGUUCUUUGGAUGA